CUUUUACAGGCAGUUGAUUUAAAAAUUCUUUUAUGCAAUGAAAAACAUGUUCAAAAACUCAAAGUUUAAUCAGGGUUCUCAGUAAAAGCAACCACAACAAUUUGUAAAUGGAGGAGUGUGGAAGUGAGAGUAUGUCAGCUGAUAUAGAUGCAGAAGAUGUUUGGCUUUUGAUGGGAAGGGAUUAUCGUAUUUCAAGAAGUAUUCGUCUGCAGUGGUUUUUCGAACACUUAAACAAAUCAGUUUCACCCAAAACCGAUGAGGAGUUGGUUAAUUCAAAUGAAGAAUUAGAAGUUGUUUCUGUUCUUCCUGUUUUACCACAUAAAAAGACAGUUAUUGUUCCAACUACAAAGUUGUCAUUUGUCGGAAGACAAUAUCGUUUUGUUUUUUGCAUUGAUAUGAGUCCUUCUCUUGCCUCUUUGGAUACUGAAACUGGAAAUGUUUUGAUAGAUGAUGUAUUUGAAAACAUGAAAAAUACAUUAGUUGGGCUAGUUCAACCAUUUUGCAUUCCAGGAAGUUCAUUAGAAUCAAAUCCUAAUUUGCAUUUAACUGUUCUUGCGCAUACUUUUAUCAAUGUUAGAGAGUGCCAGGUAUUAGUCCAAGGUUAUUGUGUCAACGUAGAAAAUGUAAAAUUCUUAUUAUGUCAAUUAAAGAGAAAGCUUCAAGUUUUGGAAAACUCCAUUACAGAAGAAUUACGUAAACAAAAUCAAGGAGUUGGGGAAAAGCAUGCAAGUGGAGUAGAGCAAUCAAAAUCUAAUGAAACAGGCUUGUUUUAUAUUAUUCGUGAUGGGUUACUGGCCCUCCAACUUCUUCCAGACAAUGCAAGUGCAGCUAUUGUUGUCAUCACAGAUGGAGUUUUCAACAUGGAAAAUUCUCAUGUUGCAGAGGCUCUACUUUCACAAGUUCGUAAUUCAGCAGCUGUUUGUUCAUUUAUCCAAGUUGGAAGUGGCUACAAAUCUGCUGCUGUUGGGUAUGGUUAUGUACCUCAUUGCACUCUCAUGCAGUUUAUUGCAACUGCAACAUCAGGAGCAUAUCUUAUAAAGUGUCCUCCUGUUCGAAAAACCAAUAAUUCAGAGAUGAACAUAUACCACAAGGCUUUGUUUUGUUGGAAUUUUCAAAGAGAUAUUGAUAGAUAUAAAAUAGAUUCAUGGAAUCAAGAAUUUAUUUUUUUAACCAAGGAAUCUAAAGCAAUGUUGUCACCUCAGACGCAGCAAACCAUUCGAUAUAAAGAAUUUGAACUUCAAACAAAAAUAUCAAGUGUGUUAACAGUUCGUUCUAGGGAAGGUUAUAUUACUGAUGGAAUACGGUUUACUAAAGAUAACAAGUUCAUUGAAGUGAAGCUUGUAUGGCCCUGGAAAGAAUUUGUUACUAUUGAGUAUAUUGCAAAAGCUGCAUGGCCUUUUGAAUCCAUGUCUCAUAAAACAGAGGUUAUUGUUAGUGUUUGUGGACCAUAUGAGUUUCUUGUUGAUAUCACAAGUACAAAACAAAGAAAUCAUCCUUUAUUCAGAAAAUUUGUUCUUCAAUCAUUUGAUCAAAGCAUGAAAAGCCUUGAAACAUCAGAUCAACUACUAGUUCAACUUCAGAUGUUUCCAAUUCAUACAGCUGCUACACUUAUACCAGAUGCAGUUGCGCAAGGAUCACCUCUGUAUUUUAUGCCUCCUAACUCGGAUACAUCGGUAUUAGCACUACAGUAUGGAAACAGCAAGAAAUCUAAAUCUUCUGAAAUACAGUUUGCAAAUUUUUGGAAACCAAUUGUCAGUAUGGAUACAAGAACAUGGUCUAAAUGGUUGCAUUGCCACAGAAUUAGUAUCCUUCUUGAACAUGAUAGACCUGUUACAAAAGAGGUUUUUACUCCAGCUUCAAAUAAAAAUUAUACCUGUAUUCAUCGGCGGGCAGCUGUAGCUGCAUUUAAUGGAUUAUUGAAAAGAUGGUGUUCAUUCACUCUUUUGGAAAACCAUUCAUACAUUAAGUUUAUGACCAGUAACUCUGGAGAUAAACCAUCAUCAUUUUGCGUGCUUCGGUUAAAGCACAAAGGUUUGUGUAUAGUAAUUAGACUUGCUUUUCUUGCUGGUACACCUGGAAAAGAUCGAAUUAAGGAAGUUGAGUAUUUAAAAGAACAGUUGGGUAAUUUACGAGCCCCAAUUUCAAAGAUGACUGAUUUAAAUUCUUCUGUUGCAAGCAAGUCUCAAAUAGAACUUCCAUGUAUUAUAUUUCUAACAAAACAGUUUGAACGAAUUCUUGUCAAGUAUGAUUUAAUUCCUGAUGAAGUUCGAAAAAGUAUUCAGUUAUUGACAAACAAAAAUGUCUUAAAGAGAUUUUCUACAGAUUUCUCUAGUGAUUUUCAAGAACAGAACAGAUUGUUACAAGACCAGCAACGUAUACCCGGUUCAAUACUAUCAGAAUACCUCUUUAAUCAGCGAUGGGUUUGGACAAUACAUGCAAAUGAGCAUAUUGUGCUGGAAGAUCGCAGUGUUUCUCAAAUGCUGGAAGCAAUUUUAAAACGACGUCUUUAUGAAGGCUUUCACUUUAGUAGUAGUGUCAACAAAGGAAUCAUUAGCAUGGUGAAAGAAAUUAAUGUUAAUGUUGACUCAACGCGGGAUCAUUCAUUAAAUUGCUGUGUUAUUCAAUAUGUGAUUUUUCCACCUCAUUCUCAAGUUUUAAAAGGUUGUGAUGAAAAGAAUGUUCAAGAUGACUCAAAUGAGUGCUUAACUACAAUUGAUGUGGAAGGACACACUCAGUUAGUAACUGAAAUCUGGGUUGAGCCACAGCUUGGUACCAUGGAUACUUCAAUAACACCUCUAGAAUAUAUACAUGGAAUGGAAUAUAAUAACAUCCCUGCCAAGAUCUUUUCAAUAGAUGCACAAAUUGUUACAGAUAUGAGUACUUAUAUGGCUCUUCAUAUGUCUUGCCGAAGCCAUGUGAUGUCUUCAACUAUAGAUAGCUGUGAUCUUCCAAUUAUUCCCACAGAUACUUUUCAAUCAUCUUCUUUGAUAAAAAUUCCUUUUUUAUUUGAUUUGCUUCCAGUAUUAAAAAAGUCAAGGUUAAUUUUAAGUUUGUACCCACUGAUGAAAGAUGACACUGUCAAAGAUCCAAAUGAGAUAUUGUUGUUGCAUUUGUCUGACACUUUACAAAAUAUGACAGAUUAUAUUGUACCUUUAAAACCAAACUCCUUAAAUGCAAUUGUAUCAUACAUUUGUCAGAGGAGCAACAACAACAACUUAACUGUCUGGCUUGGAGACUCUAAAGCACCAUUUAUGUGCUACUCAAACCUGAAUGUAGAGUUUAUCUGCUAUGUUAAAUCAUUUGGAUCAAGAAUCAUUAUUAUCUUUGUUCCAAAAUCCAUUAAAGAUUUAGACAUGGUAGUUAAAUAUGAAGAAAAAAAUAUCAAAAACAGUCAUGGGAAUCGAAGAAAUCUUCCUAUAUUUAUUUUUGAGUGCGAAUAUGAAGCAAUUAUUACAAUUCCAUCAAAGUAUAUUUCAUUUGAACAAGAUGUUAUUCAAGAUUACUCAGCUGCAUUAUCUGAAAGCGCUCUAACACCACGACAUCUUAAUCAAAAACUACCUGAAAAUCGCUCAAAGGAAAUUGCUUGUAUUUGUCAAGCAGUUUAUGACCAUUAUUUUUGGGCACUUGUUACCUCUGUUUACCACUGUCUACAGAAUGGUUAUACAUUAGAUUCUGAUGAUGUUGAAUUAUCUAUUGAAUUAGUCUGUGAAGAAUUUACAAAAGAGAUUGAUAUAACUGAUUUUAUUAAAACAGUGUGUGUUCAUAUGCAGACAGUUAACACAUCAUUUAAUACAAUUGAAGAUAUAGUAUUUCCUGAAGUAUCUGAUCAAUUUUCUAUUUCAAACAAGAAGUUAUUAAAUGUUAAAAAAUGCAGUUCCAGUGGUUCAAGUUCUUACCUAAGCAGCCAUGGUUCAUUGAAGUCAAAAGUUAACGAUUGUGAAAAUCAUUUCUUAAAAAAUGAAAUAAAAAAUCUGUUUUUAAAAAUUUUGGCAAAGCAUUUCACUUCAGUACCAAAUAAUCCCUAUUUUAUGUACUUUAAUUCUUCACACCCUGAAGAAACAUCAAGUGUUAAAUUACUAAACUCCCAAAGUUCUUAUUCAAGCCAUGACGAAGAUCCAUACUCAACAUCUGGACCAGAAAGUGAUGGUCAGACAGAAUCAGAUGAUUCUGAAAUAUUUUUUAAAAAAAGUGAGACUCCUUUAUUCCUUCAUUUGACAUCUUCUUGUCAUUACAAAAGUUCUGAUGAUGGUUUUACAAUGCGACCGGUAUCUGUGACAUCAUUGCCGACAUGUAUUGAAGAUAUUUUCAACAAAUUUGAUGAUCAUGGCAGGGAUAUUGAUAUUUUUAGUAAACAGUUUAAAAUUACACUAGACUUAGUUUGUCUUACACAGCCAAGUGAACCUGAGGAAGGGGAUGAAUGGGACACUCCUUACGAUGUUUUAAAUAGAAGAAAUUCUUCUGAUAGCUUUUACUCAGAGUCACAAGAGUAUCAUUCUCGUACUAGGAAAAGAUUGCUAACUGAAAUUUCCAAAGAUGAAAGCUAUAUGAAACAUAAUGAUGAUUUAAAUGGACUUACUCGUAAUCAAAAAAAUGCAGUUAGUAAUGUUAUUGAAGAAAUUAACUGGUUGUUAAAAGAUGAAAUUGCUUCAGCACUCCGAACACAUGGGCCUGUUGUUGAAACUAGCUUAGAUAUUGUAGCUGAGCAUGUUAAAAAUUCCCCCAAUGUUGAAAACUGCAAAUUUGAAAAGCGUUAUUUUAAGUUUGUCACAGGUAUUGAAACAGUUAGUGAUCUUUCUUCAUCUUUAUUUAUUUAUGAACUUGAAAGUGUCAAUCUUGAUGGUUACAUUUUAAAGCGAGUUGGCAAAUAUUAUUGUGUUGUUGUUGAAAACAUUGAAUGUGAAAAUAAAAAAGUUGGAGAUGACGUAAAACAAUACAAUUUUCAACAUAGAAACAAAGGGCACAGAAGAAGUCAAUCAGAUGUUACAAAUAGUUUUCAAAGUUCCAUAAAAAGGAAGCAGACUUCUACAAAUGAAUUUAUUAUGUCAAGAAGUUUUAGCGAUUCCACUAUUUUUCUUGACACUUUGCACCAGCCGGAUUUAUAUAAGCAUGUUGAUCCAUCUUCAGAUAAAUAUCUUAAGCAAGUAAAUAAUGAUACUGUUUCAAAAAUCCAGUCAAUGCAAAGUUUAAUAUCAUCAGAUGAUUUAUCUGCUCGAUUGUUUAAUGAAAAAAAAAAUUUGUUGGAACCAAAUCAAACAACUCUAAUUGAUGAUGAAAGUUGUGAAGAGUUCUGCGAGACAAAGCAUGAUGAUCUGGAAGAGGAUCUGCAACCUUCACCUGAUUUUUGGUUAUUUAUACAUAAUUGUGAGGAAUCAGUGAAUAUUUAUUUGCACAGAAGACGAUGUGAACAUGCUCGAAAUAUUUCUCAUCAGACGACCAUUUACAAUAGAUUACUUGAAACUCUUGAUCAUAUUUGUAAAGUUGUCAAUCAGAGAAUUUUGCUUGAAAAUCUUUAUAGUACCAACCAAUGCCACAAUUUGCUUAUUGCAGAAGAUGAUUAUGAUAGAGUUUGGGAUGAAACCACAGAAAAUUCAGAUAUUGCUUAUAUUAAAAACCUUGAUUCAAAUAACCAACCAUUUAGUUCGCAUGCUGAUGUUUUUUUUAAACCUGGUAACUUAGUUCAAGCUGAUUUUCUUUUUAAACCUGGAAGCUUUGAAUGUGAAUUGGUUUUGCAGAGGAAUAUUCCCAUCCACAAGAGACUUAGAGCACCCACUCAAGUUGGUGGCAAAUCUCGUGGAUUACUAGCAAUUCAUAGAGAGCUGUCUAAAUUUAGAAUAAGCAAUCGCAAAAACAUUUUUGUAAUAAAAGAUAAAUCUAACAAUGUUUUUUAUUUUAAAGUUAAUGAAAUAAAGUCCAAUAGAAGUCAAUCAAUAAUAAUUUUGGAUGAGGAAUUUAAUACCUUUAAACCUGUAUCAAGACAACUAUCACCAACGUCAUCAUAUGCAUCACUCCCAAAGUUUGAGGAUCAAAAUGACGUUUUUGAGGAGAGUGAUCAAUCAACUUUGAUAAGCAGUAGAACAGAUGAAAGGUUUGCUGAGAACGAACAACAAGACUAUAUUCAAUUUCUUGUUUAUGGUAUAAGUGAACCAGAUCAAACUAUAAAACAUGAAAUGAUUCAGAUGAUAUCAAACAAAUUAGACAAUGCAAAUCUGGAACUUAUCAGUGUAUCUUUAAUUCGUAAUCCUAAAUCUAAACUAACCCCUGAAGAUGUUGAGUUUAUACAAGCUAGGAAGCCAUUAGCUUACAAACUUGUUUUGUGUGUAUCUAAUAUGGCUGCACGUUUUAUGCAUGCAAUUAUGUUUUAUCUGCAUCAGCAUUUGCUGUUACAAUAUAAUACCCCUAAGUACUCUACUACAAACCCAGACUAUCAUUUCAAGAAUUACACAGAGUAUUGUAGCUCCACUGCAACAGAAGCAACUAUACCUUCUAGUGAUCUUUUUUUGUAUAACCGUGAUGUUAUGAAAGAGGAAUCAAAUAUUGGAAUCGGUGUUAUCUAUAUGAGCUUAGUAAAUCUUGAAGGGAUUAAGGUGGUUGCUCAUCCAUGUUAUCCAUCAAUAAAGUAUGAAUUUAUUAAGCUAUCCCAACAAAAAGAUAUUUUAAGUGAGAUGCUUUUAUUGAAACAACUAGAUUCAUUAACUGAAGCAGAUACCAAUAUAUGUAAAAAUGUGAUGAUUCAGUUUAGUAUUUGGGAGAGAGGUAAUAUUAAUAAAGAAAUGCUUAUCAAGAGCUUAAUCACCAAUACACGAUAUGCUUUGAGUGAUGUUUAUAUAGAAUAUGAUUUACUUUGUACGCCAAUAUGCUUUGUUCCAUUAACUCUUCAGCAAUCUUUUCAAUGUUCACGACGUCACUCUCUUGUCCAUCCUGAGACUUGUUGUUCUCCUCAUAUGAAGCAAGGAGCAAGUAGCACUUCAACUACACCUCAGUUUGGAAAAAAGCAAAUGAUUUUACGAAAAUUCCUUUCUGAGCCAACUACACCAUGUGAAAAUCAGCCUAAUAAAGAUGAAAUAAAAGAUGCCCCUGAAAGUUAUGGAAGUUUCGAAAUAAAUGUAAAUGAUGCAGAAAAAAGAAUACCACCUGUUAAAAAAUAUUCAAAUGACUGCAGUUCUAGCAUGAGUAGUAGUCGACCUUCACUGAGUCGGCACAGUACACUUUCUGAUAAAGAUUUUCAAGAAACAUUAACUGGAGCUGUAGCUAAUGAUUUAAACCAAGCUUAUUAUGUUCUUACAGAUGCAGAAUGUUCAGAAUCAUUAAAAGCAACAGAUACGAGUAACAAAACCUGGGCAGAAAUUGAAAUUCAGAGGAGAACAGAACUUAGUAUUCGUAAAGAAAGACGCAAGUUUGAAAAUGGAUUGUCAGGUGAUCUGCAUUACCAUUACUCAGGUUGUGCUCAUAGUUUAUUUGAUGAACUUAUAAAUAUGGAGAAUGCAAGUCUACUUAAACACAUUGGGGUUUUAACCCACCAUUAUUCGAUGGAAAUUGUUUUGAAUGAAGUUGUCAAAGAGUUUUUAAAAUGUUCUCCUGAUAUAAAGCCAAAAGUAUUUAAAGGCAUUAGAAUGACUGAUGGUGACUUUAUGUAUACACAAGUGAAAGAUCACAAUGAAAGCAGGGCUGACAGCAUUAAAACUUCUCUAAACAAUGAAUCUCUCAUUCCUGGCAAUUGGUGCAGCUAUAUCGUUAUUGGAAGGAAUGCACAAAAAUGGUUACAAAGCAUGGGAACAGAUGAAUCUGAAGUAUCUGAUGAUGAAGAAGGAAAACAGUCCAAUCAAGAAGACCAAUCAAAGCAAAAGUUUAAACCUUUGUGUUACAAUAAUAAUAAUAAUAAUUUGAACCAAGAUCGAAAUUAUUUGAAUGAUCCUCAGUCUCCAUCUUGUAUCAGUCCAGGUUUUGUUCCAAGGCAAAAGUUUUUUAUGGCGUACUUUGAAGAGAAAAAGAUAUCAGUAUAUACAUACAACUUCUCCAAUGAAGUCAAUGUUGUUCUUGAAAAACAGUUGAAAAGAUUAUAUGCUUGGAACAAUGUUCGUUCUCAUAUUAACAAUUGUUUGUUUAUGCAGAAGCUUGGCUUGUUUCAUCAUAAACAUUUUGUCAGGGAUUGCCCUGGAAAAUCAGACCCUGAUGUGCUUGCUUUCUCCAGAUCUACUGAUAAAUCAUGCAUUAUUCCAUUAAUGAGAGAUGUAAUACCACCAAAAGAGAUUGUUAAAAUCAAUGAUCCUCCUGAUCCAAAGCGUCUAGAGUUUGAUAAUGUGUUUCGUGAUACUGCUCCUACACAUUGUCUCCAUCAUUCAGACUAUUAUUUUAGGAAAGAUUUAAUUAAGAGACAAGCUUUUCAGUAUUUGGAUGUCAAAAACAAAAAAGCAAAUUUGGCUUAUCAACAAACUGUUUUGAAGGAGAUUUAUAAUUCUUGGAAACAAGAAGGAGCUCAUGUUCCUAUUGCAGAAGAAAGACUGCAAUCUCUUAAGAAACAUUGUCGACUUUUACACUACUGUAAUGCAUCUCUUUUAUUUGAUAUUGGUGAAAAUAAAGAGUCUGAAGAAAAAACAGCAAAGGAGGAAAGUUCAGAGUAUGAGGAAUCGACAAAUAAUCAAAAAGGUUGGUAUGAAGAACUUAAAUGGACUCUUGUGCAACAGUACAUUCAAUAUUUACAAACACUUGGCCUUUGUUUGAUACAAGUUUUGAAUAAAAAUUCACAAAAAGCCAAAUCAACUAGUAACACUCGAAAUCAGAAAACAAGCAGGAGUGAUACAUUAGUGGAUGAAAGACCAACCAGGUAUAAUUUGCAGAAAACAUCUGCAGGAGGAAUAAUUGUUAUGGAAGUCUUUUUAGAGAGAAAUCACUUGUGCUACAGUUUAUUAGCAUUUUCUUCAAUGUAUUUAAAUGAUAUUAAACAGUUUGUCAGUCCAAAGGAUGUAACCAAUUUUUACAGAAAUUGUUAUGAGUUUAAGGAUCUUACUCAUUUGCAAUCUUUUUCCUAUGACUUUCAUAUACGCAUGUGUCAACAUCAGUUUUCUGGACGGCCCUCAGUGUUUCCAAAAUAUUAUCGUGUUCAUAAACUUAUGGAAAAUAUUCUACAACAUUACCCAAAACCACCUCGAUUUUCAAGACUUAUAAUAACAAAUGGUUUGCUAAACAUAUCUUGCACCAUUGGCUUAAAUGCAAAUACAGUCUAUAGAUACUUUAUUACAAAAGCUAGUAAUUUUGGUCUUGCAAAACUGGAAAUGAGCCCUACUAGAGAUGUUUUUGAUCCCAAAGACUAUUUAUUGUUUUACACAUAUACCACAGAGAAGCAACCAGUACAAUUUGUAGAGGGAUGGAGAACACGACGUGAUACCACAGAUUUUGACGGAUUUGUUGCUGUUCAUUUUUGUGUGGAUAGUAAUAAUGGCAUGCUUAAUAUUCCAUUUUAUUUGAUUCUUGUAAAUAAAAAAGAAUUUUAUCCACGGCCUCACUUACUAACAAGUGUAAGUUCUGCUCUAAGAGGAAGACAUAAAGCAAAUUCAGGAAUGGAUUCAGUUGUGUUUUAUGAAAAUGUUGAAAAUGUAAAACAAAGAAGUCGUGUACGGUUUUGCACAGAAGCACCAGAUAACACAGCCCAACAAAUAUCAAAUGAGAUAUUAAAGUAUACUCCAUCAUGGAUACAUAAUUCAUUGGAUAGUGAUAAAGAGCAGCUUAUGGAGAUAAAUUUAUCUGAUAUAAAUUCAAGCACGAAGAGUAGUGUUCAGACAUCUGCUCGAUCUUCUUUAUCAAAUAUCUCUUACGAUAGUCGGUGCUCAGAUUCAACUGACUCUGAUAUUUCCAUUCCAGAGUCAUUUUGUAAGACUACAUCAUCAACUUUAGAAACAUUUUUAAGAAAUGAAAGUAAAUUUGUUCAGCUUGAGCGAAGUAGGGUUUUAGAGAAAUUACAUGAAAAAUUUGAUGACGCUUUCAGCCAUUGUUGGCGAGAUUUGUGUUGGCAUGAAAUCCUUGCUAAUGAAAAAACACUUGAUGAAGAAACUAUGCAGAGAAAGAAUAAAAAAAAAAGUAAUACAGAUGAAUCUAGUAUCCAUGGUAAUUUUUUAGCAGUAUCUCAAUGGAGGUUAAAAAACCUGUUUUAUGAUGUGUGUGAUACAUACUUUGACAUAGGAUAUGAUGACGUAUCCAAAAUGUUUGAAUUAGUUUCAUUUUACAAAAUUCGUUCCAUUGAUAAAAGGUUGUAUGACGCAUUAAAUUUUAUCUCGUUAAACAAACCUGGAGUUUUAUCGCACCUUUUAAGAUUAGUAACAACAAAGUACGAAACCCUUUGUCGCAAGUUUGUUUCUCGUGAUGAAAACGUAUAUGUGUGCAUCUUAAACCCAGAUAAUUUAGAUAUGUUUGUUCUGAUUGAUGUUAAAAAUGGGAACAUGGAAAUUUCAGUAGUGUACCGUUUGAAACCUCAAUCUAGUCCUUUGGACAACGCAAUAGAAGAGAAUUUAACAGAGGUUGAGAAAAUCUCUCGAUCUCACGUUGAAAACGUUAUCACUUGUCUUAUUAGUAAUUUGUUCGAAACUAUUGUUUGCAGUUAAAAAUACUACGUUGUUAAAUUAUCUAAUUAAUUUAAGGCCUUUGAACUUUUC